UGACCCGGCCCACGCACAUCCCUCUGGACUGGCCUCGUGGUCAGAGCCAGAAGUUCCUGGAACAAUGUUUGGGCUGCUGGGGGCCUGUGGGCUGCCUUCCACCUGAACCCUUGGCCUCUUCAAGACGGGCCGGGAGCCAGCAGGAGGCCAAGUCCCAGUGCUGGCUCCAGAUCCCUCCCACUUUGGACCUAAAAGACCUUCAGCUCAUAGAGCAGUUCUGCCUUCACCAUACCACACCCGCUCUAAGCCGCAGCACGCAGCACGCAGCAGCACGCAGAACGCAGACAUCAGGAGGCCAAGAUCCAGAGAAGUCAGCAAGAAUUCAACAGCUGGCACCACUGUGAUAUUGUUAAGGGAAGGAAGCUACACUCUGGCCCCUAACGUGGCAGCAUGGAGCUGGUCCAGGACACCUCCCGCCUGCCACUGGAGUACAUGAAGGGGAUCCCUCUCAUCAAGUACUUUGCAGAGGGGCUGGGGCCGCUGCAGAGCUUCCAAGCCUGGCCCAGUGACCUGCUCAUCAGCACCUACCCCAAAUCCGGCACCACCUGGGUAAGCGAGAUCCUGGACCUGAUCUACCAGGGUGGCGACCUGGAGAAGUGUCAAAGAGCCCCCAUCUUCGUCCGGGUGCCCUUCCUUGAGUUCAGGGUCCCUGGGGUUCCCACAGGUGCUGAGCUUCUGGAAGAUGCACCAGCCCCACGGCUGAUCAAGACACACUUGCCCCUGGCUCUGCUUCCACCAUCCCUGCUGGAUCAGAAGGUCAAGGUGGUCUACGUUGCCCGCAAUGCAAAGGAUGUGGCUGUCUCCUAUUACCACUUCUACCGCAUGGCCACGGUGCACCCUGACCCUGGCACCUGGGACAGCUUCCUGGAGAAGUUCAUGGCUGGGGAAGUGUCCUACGGGUCCUGGUACCAGCACGUGCAGGAGUGGUGGGAGCUGAGUCACACCCACCCUGUUCUCUACCUCUUCUAUGAGGACAUAAAGCAGAACCCCAAAAGGGAGAUUCAGAAGAUCCUGGAGUUUGUGGGGCGCUCUCUGCCAGAGGAGACCGUGGAUCACAUCGUCCAGCACACGUCUUUCAAGGAGAUGAAGAAGAACCCCAUGACCAACUACAGCACCAUACCCACCAAAGUCAUGGACCACAGCAUCUCUGCCUUCAUGAGGAAAGGAAUCACUGGGGACUGGAAAUCCACCUUCACUGUGGCCCAGAAUGAGCGCUUUGAAGCCGACUAUGCUGCGAAGAUGGCAGGCUGCAACCUCCACUUCCACUGGGAGCUGAGUGGUGCUCAUCAGGAUGAGCGUGAAACAGGCCUCAACAAUAAAAUCUGAUGUGUGUUAAA